AUGGGAAGCGCACAAUUUCUACUCAAAAUUUUGCUGGCCUUCGCCGUGGCCUCAGCAACGGUAGCGCUUGAGGAUUUUGCCUCACGCAAGGCGGACUACAUAAUUGUAGGCGGAGGACCUGCGGGCUUUGUGCUUGCAGAGAAGCUCUCUCGAAAUCCGCUUAGAAAAAUUGUGCUUCUCGAAGCUGGACCUGAGACCAUUCAUUUGAACCUGGUCAGCGUUCCCGCCUAUUAUCCCCUGAUUCACGAGUACUUUUGGAACUAUACUUCACAACCAGAUGUCAACUUGGGCGGUCGAGCACCGGGGCUAAGGCAGGGCCGCGGAUUUGGGGGCGGUUCAGCUGUCAACGGCAUGGCAUACUGCCGCGGUGCAGCUUCAGUCUUUGAUGAAUGGGCAGCUGUGUCAAAAAAUCCGAAUCUAGCAUGGGGCUCCCUGAUUGAGGACUUCAAAGCAACCACCCAUUAUACCCAUCAGCCCGCGGACUAUGAGCUAUUUGUCAAUACCACAGGUUAUGGAGAUGGCCCAUUGGAAGUCAGCCGCAUGAGCGGUUUAACCGGUUUCGAGGCACCAUUUGUCAAGGCCGUUGAGCGUGGCCUUAAUAUGGGGGAAGUAGACCAGACAGAUGGUACCGGAAUUGGGAUCGACAGGGGUGUGGCGACAAUUCGAGUCUCUGAUCGUACCAGAUCGUACCCACGAAACACGUUUGGAUCCCGUAUGCAAGGGCGACAGAACGUGGAAUUGAUACACAAUGCUUGGGUCUACAAUAUUGGAUUCUCGGGGCAAACAGCUGUGAAUGUCACCUAUAUUAAUACCUCGACCAAUAAAAAGAAAACCCUGGAGGCUAUAGAGAUUAUUAUUAGCUCCGGCGCCAUAAACUCUCCAAAACUGUUAAUGCUCUCUGGUAUUGGACCAAAGAAGAGGUUGUUAGAAUUGGGUAUCCCCAUCGUUGCUAAUAUACCCGAAGUUGGAACCAACCUCUAUGAUCACCAGUUCCCCAUUAUCGAGGCUGAGGUUACACCCGACGUAUUAACCGUAUGGCAAUGGUUCCAAAACGCCACACAGAAAGCAUUAGCUGAGAAGCAGUAUAAAGAAUCUGCAUCCGGGCCAUUAGGAUGGAACAACGGGUUUGUGCAUGCUGGAUUCCGUAUCCCAGACUCCGUGUUUAAGGAUGUGAAUGGCACGCACUAUACCUCCCUCCCUGCAGACCGUCCACAGGCCCUGAUAGAAUUUAGCACGGUACCAUUCCACUCAGGCACACCAAAUAUUAGCGUCAUCACAGGUUGGGCAAGUCUCGUGCAGCCAGAAGCCCCUGGCUACGUAACGCUGAAGUCCGCCGAUUACCGUGAUGAUCCUCUAAUAUUCUCCAACUACUAUGGCUCUGAUGCCGACAAGGCAGCGGUCCUCUGGUCAUACAAGAAGCUUCGCGAGAUCAUGGCAUCGGAUGAGCUCAAGUCUGUAGUUAUACGGGAAUGGUACCCAGGAUCGAAUGUGACAACUGACGAGGAUAUCUGGGCGGCAAUCCAGCAGCAAUCAUUCUCGUUUCACCACCCUGUAGGAACUAUAGCCCUGGGUAAAGCACUUGACUCUAACUGGAGGCUUAAGGGCCUACGAGGUAUUCGCGUGGUUGGUUCCAGCACCUUUCCAACUCCAUCGACUUGUCAUCCCCAGGGAGUUGUUUAUGCCAUAGCUCAUAGAGCGGCAAGGGACAUUGAGCAGGCCGAUCGCACACGGAGCGGAGGCAAGCAUAGAAGCUAG